AAUUGUUUAUAUUAUUUGCAUAAUUAAUGUGUAGUCGAAUUUGAUUUGUUCAAAGCAUCGAUAUCAUUAUCAAAUCCUCUUUGUUCCUUCUCCUAGGUGUUGCUCCCACUGAGUUCAGGACAGCUAAUCCCUUGCUAGCAUGAACACAACUGGCGGUUGCAUGUCAUCCAUGCCGCUAGGUUACGACUCCAUCUUACGAGCUCCUUACAUCGCCGCCGAGCUGCUAAUAGCACUGGCCGCAGUCAUCGGGAACCUCCUGGUGUGUCUGGCAGUGAGGUGGAAUCGGAAACUCCAGACCGUCACCAACUACUUCCUGGUGUCGCUGUCGGUAGCAGACAUCUUGGUGGGGCUGUUAGCGAUCCCCUGUGCCGUGCUGACGGACCUGGGUCGACCCCACAACGACCUGCCCCUCUGCCUGGUCCUGCUCAGCAUACUCAUGGUGCUCACCCAGAGCUCCAUCCUCAGCAUGCUGGCGGUGGCAGUGGAGCGCUACGUUGCUAUCCUGCGUCCCUUCCACUACCAGCGGGUCAUGAGCCCCAGGAACGCCCGGUUGGCUCUGCUCCUCACCUGGAGUCUGGCGCUAGUCUCGGGCUCCGUGCCCAUCAUGGACUGGCAAAGCCAGAGCCACGACGCUGGCUACUGCCUCUUCACCUGCGUGGUGGACAUGUCCUACAUGGUCUACUUCAACUUCUUCGGCCUCCUCCUCCUCCCGCUGCUCGUCAUGUUCGUCAUCUACGCCCACAUCUUCUACACCGUACGGCACCAGCUGCGACGCAUCGCCGUGGCCAGGGGGUCGCCCUCCUCCGUGGCCGGCCCCACGCCCUCGGCGGGGGUCUCCGUCGCCGGGGACGGGGGCACGCGAGGCCCCGAGACGCGGGGCGACGGGGCCGAGCAGGGGGCCCCCCCGCUGGGUGCUGCGGACUGCGGGGCGGGUGGGGCCGCUGUCGGGGGGAGUGGACAAAGAAUCGGCCCGAGAAGCGUUGGAGGCGAGGUGGUGGGCUUCUCUUCCGGGGGGGCCACUCGGUUCAGGUUUGGAGAGGGUAAGAGGGUCAGGGUUGGGGCCGCCGUGGACGGACCAGAUGCAGUGGUUGAGGAGGAGGAGGAGGAGGAUGGACACGCCAGGUUAAAGGCUGUCAUGGGGGGAGCUGAAGCUGGGGCGAAGAGAGCUCGGAGCAGGCCUGUGGACCGGGCCUCCAGAGGGGCCGUUGGUAAGACGACACCCAGGUUAGAGGCUCUGCGCGUGGCAGGGGGCUCGCGAGAACCAGAGCCGGGUGAACCAGCAGGCGCAGCGGCCUCCAAACAAACGGCAAGCGGGGCUCGAACCCAGUCCUUUGGACCGCUCAUCCAAACAAAGACUACUACCGUGUUCCGGAAGAUGUCGAGGCAGUCUACUAGGACUUCCUGCUCCGGUUCGGACGACCGCUCCUCGGGGUCGACAGGAGAGUCCAACAAACCCAGCACUGCGCGAGCCCGACUGGAAAUCCAGAAGGCCACCUCCCUCUUCCUGGUGCUCUUCCUGUUCAUGGUGUGCUUGAUGCCCAUCCACCUCAUCAACUGCAUCCUGCUGCUCCGGCCGCAGUGCCCCGUCCCCAUGAGCAUCACACUGGCGGCCAUUUUGUUGUCUCACGCCAACUCGGCGCUGAACCCCCUGCUGUACGCCUACAGGAUGAGGUCCUUCAGGCACACACUCAGAGGAAUGUGCUCGCGGAGAAGUACACCAAAGCACCACUAGAGGGCAGUGAAGGGUUUCGUACAUACAGAAAAUCGAGGUUUCUGUGAUAUGAUCUUAUGACACCUUUUCCCUCAAUUAUAGCUGAAAGGUGGCUCUAAAAUCUUACCUACAGCACCUUUUGAGGGUUUUUUAACUCUGUGUAACUUAAGUAAGUGAUGUGUGUAAAAACCAGGACAAUUACAAUUUGAAAUUACCAAGCCUACAGCAAGUUUUUGCUACACAAAUCUCAGAAUUCAGAUUUUUAACUUUUAACAUGUGUCCCAAAUCCUCUUUCGUAGCUUUUCAUACUGUAUAGUGAAACUUUUUUUGGUCAAGUGUCUUGUUUAUUAGAGACACUGUUUAGCUAAGAGACUGACAAAAACUGCAGAGCAUCAUUGACGAUAAACAUGGGCCAAAAUGAUCUUCCAUUAAUAACGGUUAACAACAACAUCACAACAAACACUUAAACACUUCAACAUAACUGCGUGCUUUAUUGAUAUACAGUAAAGCAUUUUAUAAUACAGUAGUAAGGCAUAUAUUUGGUGGAAUCUGAUAUGUUGUGGAGUAUCGAUGAGUAAUUGAAGGGCGGAAGAAAAUGACAACAAAAAAAACAUGGCGGGGUUGGGGGGAGAGAAAUUAAAUAAGGUUACAAUUAAACAUUAUAACUCAAUCGGAGACCCAGUGUGUGAUUCAAAGCACCUGAUCAUGCUCAGAGUGUGACGUAUCGACGGUGCCGAUUGCAUCUGCACGAUUUUUUCCAGAACUGUCCCGCGUUGAAGAAAACAAAGACUGCAUUAGGUCACACAUGCUGAAAGAAACACCUCACACAGCACAAAACUCAAUAUUUCAGAUUAUCGUAUUCAACCAAAGAAAAAAAAACACGUACGAGUGAGCGCGUCCAAGUUUUCUUGUUUAAACCACAGAUAACACGACUAUGUACCGUGUGUGACAGUAGCCGAUACUAGCAUGUUCCGCGAAUGGCGGUUGGCCAACGGUCACUCAUUCGACAGAAAGAGAAAAUCAUUUAAAUGCUUUCUAGUUGUGAAGACUGUUUGACGAAAAAAAACAGCCCACAGGGAAGAGAAGGGCGUCCAUCUUGACAUUCAGAUUCAAUGCAUGGACACAUACAGGCUUCUUAAUGUCAAUCGGACAAAGCCAACGCUAAUUAAUGUUGUUUGUUAAUUGAAAGAAUUUGAAAGAAACAGUUACAACUAUGGAGGUAUGAUGAGUAAAUGCCUUCAACCAUAGAGAUUAUAAAAUUUGAGAACUCAUUCGAGGUAGAGCUUGCUUUAUCGGCUCUCCUAGAACUUCGAUCGCUUCUUGGGGGAAACAAUGCUAGUUUUGUUUCAAACAUUUAAGAAAUUUCGUUUUUUGAGGAAAAAGGACCUAGGUAGUAGCCAGCCAGUAAUACUGUCAUGCGUCCAUUAAAAUGAAACAAAAAGAAAACAAAUAUACUACAUUCUCCUCUUCCAGUAUUUUCUAACAAAAACCAGUUAUGCUAUGCUCUAUUACAUAUAGUGUGUGCUCCUAA